AUGGCUAAAAAAGUCUUUGACCGUACCAAGCCGCACGUAAAUGUGGGCACCAUCGGCCACGUUGACCAUGGCAAAACCACCCUCACCGCUGCCAUCACCAGGGUGCUGUCAGAAGAGGGAGGCGCUAGCUUUCGGGGCAUGGACGAGAUUGACAACGCUCCUGAAGAGAAGGCGCGUGGCGUAACCAUCGCUAUCGCUCACGUCGAAUACGAGACCGGGGAGCGGCAUUAUGCCCACGUUGACUGCCCCGGCCACGCCGACUACAUCAAGAACAUGAUCACGGGCGCCGCCCAGAUGGACGGUGCGGUGCUGGUUGUGUCGGCCCCCGAUGGGCCCAUGCCCCAAACUCGCGAGCAUAUCCUUCUCGCUCGCCAGGUAGAAGUUCCUUCCAUGAUUGUCGCCCUGAACAAGGUUGACAUGAUGGACGACGAAGAGCUGCUUGAACUGGUGGAACUGGAAAUUCGCGAACUUUUGAGCCGCUACGAAUUCCCCGGCGACGAUACGCCGAUCGUGCGGGUCAGCGGCCUAAAGGCGUUGGAAGGCGACCCGGAAGCCAUGAAGGACGUUCGUAAUCUGAUCCAAACUAUGGACGACUACAUCCCGCUGCCCUCCCGCAUCACCGACCAGGCAUUCCUGAUGCCCAUCGAGGACGUAUUCGGAAUCAAGGGCCGCGCACCGUGGUAA